UAGACUGAGUCAUCAGCAGAGAAGCGAGGAGGAGGGAGGUGGAGUGCGGGCGAGGGUAACUAACCAACGCUAAGCAGUUGUUGAGUUUGGUUGGUAGUAGAUGAGCGAAGUGUUGACGAUGGCGGACGUCACGGCGAACUUGCAAGCAGCAACCACCGCAUCCACCCCUUACGCGCUCCCCACCAAUCUCCCUCUCCUCUCCGCUUUCCUCUCCUUCGCUCUCGCACAGUUCCUCAAGAUCUUCACCUCCUGGUAUAAGGAAAAGAGAUGGGAUUCUAAAAGGCUGCUUGAUUCGGGUGGAAUGCCUUCGUCACAUUCUGCAACAGUCUCGGCUCUGGCUGUUGCUAUAGGUCUCCAAGAAGGGGCAGGAUCAACUGCUUUUGCAGUUGCCGUGGUCUUGGCGUGUAUUGUCAUGUAUGAUGCCUCGGGAGUUAGACUUCAUGCAGGUAGACAAGCAGAAUUGCUUAAUCAAAUUGUGUGCGAACUACCUCCAGAACAUCCUUGUUCCAAUGUCAGACCUCUGCGUGAUUCACUUGGUCAUACUCCACUUCAGAUGUGAGUACUUCUAUUUUAUUAUAGUCAUGAAUGGCUAAGUGAAGAUUCAAAUAGAAUUCCUCCACACCAAGAUGGAGAACUUACUCGUGAAAGAUUGAAAUGCCUCAAAAGGUAUUUUGAUGAUGAUAAUGAAAGAAGGCAAGUGAACGCAAAGUUUGCAAACUUUUCUGGUGGAAGAUAAGACUUUGAUGAUAUUGACUCUUUAAGGGAUAAAGGUCUAAUGGAGGCAAAGUCUUGGUGGCUAGUUCAUGGUGUUCAUGCACUAACACUUCAAAAGAUUGCUCUUAAGUUACUAGGGAAACCUUUUUCAUCAUCAUGCUGUGAAAGAAAUUGGAGCACUUACUCUUUUAUUCAUUCAAUCAAAAGAAACAAGAUGACACCUCAUCGGACAGAAGAUCUAGUAUUUGUUUAUAGUAAUCUUCGUCUUCUUUCUAGAAAUUCCCCACAAUAUCAUCAAGAAGAAACUAAAAUGUGAAACAUUGUUGGAGAUGAGUUUGAAUCAUUUGAUGAGAAUAAAAUUCUUAAAGUUGCUAAUUUA